GACAUCCUCGUUAGAAGAGUCAAGCUGCCGUCGCCUGCGUCAUUCGAUCGACGGCCACCGGGAAUUUACGUCAUCCUUUAUCUACCGUCUGCUCCAACCGAGCACAUCUUUGUUACUGUUUAUCAUUAUUAUUUUGCGACUCGACCACCUGCAACGCGUCUACGCUGUCCUUGUCUCAUCCACACAAACGCAAAUCCCGUUUGGCACAUCCUUCGAAGGCAGGUUCAAUCAUCUCUUCUCUUUGUUUGGCUCCAGGAGCACCAACCGACAUGUUCUACACCUGUGGGCCCAACGAAGCAAUGGUGGUGUCAGGCUUCUGUCGCUCACCGCCGCUGAUGAUCGCCGGUGGCCGGGUCUUUGUUAUCCCCUGCAUUCAGAAGUUGCAGAGGAUCUCGCUGAACACCCUGACCCUGAAUGUCAAGAGCGACAAAGUGUACACCCGCCACGGCGUGCCCAUUUCCGUCACGGGCAUCGCACAGAUGAAGAUUCAGGGUCAAAACAAGCAGAUGCUGGCCGCCGCCUGCCAGAUGUUCAUGGGCAAGUCAGAGGCGGAGAUAGCGCACAUCGCCUUGGAGACGCUGGAGGGACACCAGAGGGCCAUCAUCGCGCACCUGACUGUUGAGGAGAUCUACAAGGACCGCAAGAAGUUCUCCGAGCAGGUUUUCAAAGUGGCGUCGUCUGACCUGCUCAACAUGGGCAUCAGCGUGGUCAGCUACACGCUCAAAGACGUGCAUGACGACCAGGAUUACCUGCACUCCCUGGGGAAGGGUCGCACGGCGCAAGUGCAAAAAGACGCUCGCAUCGGCGAGGCGCUCAACAAGAGGGACGCUGUCAUAAGGGAGGCACACGCCAUGCAGGAGAAGGUCUCGGCGCAGUACAAGAACGAGAUCGACAUGGCCAAGGCGCAGCGCGACUACGAGCUGAAGAAGGCGGCGUAUGACAUGCAGGUGAACACCAAGAAGGCCGAGUCGGAGAUGGCCUACCAGCUGCAGGUGGCAAAGACGAAGCAGCGCAUCGAGGAGGAGCGCAUGCAGGUGCAGGUGGUGGAGCGCAGCCAGCAGAUCACGCUGCAAGAGCAGGAGAUUACGCGCAAGGAGAAGGAGCUGGAGGCCAAGGUCAAGAAACCCGCCGAGGCCGAGAAGUACCGCCUGGAGAAGCUGGCCGAGGCACAGCGUCUCAAGCUGAUCAUGGAGGCGGAAGCGGAGGCCGAGUCCAUCAGGAUGAAGGGCGAGGCAGAGGCGUUUGCCGUGGAGGCCAAGGGUCGCGCCGAGGCGGAGCAGAUGGCCAAGAAGGCCGCUGCCUUCCAGCAGUACGGCAGCGGCGCCAUGGUGGACAUGUUGCUGGAGAAACUGCCCCUGAUGGCGGAAGAGAUCAGCAAGCCUCUGUGUGAAGCCAACAAAGUGACCAUGGUGUCCAGCGGAGGCGAGGUUGGAGCCGCCAAAUUGUCCGGCGAGGUUCUGGACAUUAUGACCCGCGUCCCCGACGCGCUGGAGAAGCUCACCGGCGUCAACAUCGCCCAGGUCAGCUCCCGCAGUGGCUGAGGAAGAGCAGCCGGUCUCUUGAUCAGCUGCAUUGAUCACCACCACCAUCAUCAUCAUUUUUUUUGUUGCUAUGUUUGUGGCUCACUAACAGUAUUAACACAUUUUGCAUUAUGUUGGCUGUGAUGGGCGCUGUAUUUUGUUGCAAAUAUUGAAAUCAUCAAUACUAUAUAUAUUUUAAAAUAUAUAUAUAUAUACACACACCGCAUGAUACGGUGUCGUGUAUGUCAUCUGGAGCUGUUCACAAUAUUUAUCUAAGAACAUGACAAA